AUGGCAAGGAAGGUCAUCUUGGUUACUGGCGUGUCGAGAGGUAUUGGGAAAUGUAUUGUAUCGGAAUUAUUAGAUGUAGGAGAAGGUUCUGAUGUUGUGGUGUAUGGUGUUGCUAGAUCUGAGGGGCCUUUGAUAGAAUUGAAGAAUAAAUAUGGCGAGUUGUUCAACUAUGUUGUUGGGGAUAUCUCUGAAGAUUCUGUUUUGGAGGAGUUAGUCGAAAAAAUCAAGGAAGCAUAUGGUUAUAUUGAUUCAAUCAUUGCUAAUGCAGGUAUUCUGGAACCUGUCUCUAAUGUCAAUAUGAUUGAUGGCGCUGCGUGGAAACAUUUAUUCGAUGUCAAUUUUUUCAGUAUUGUUAGUUUGGUCUCAAAGACAAUUGGACUUGUUUCUGCAAGAAAAGGUACCUAUGUUUUUGUCAGUUCUGGUGCAAGUGUUAAGCCAUACUACGGCUGGGGUGCGUAUGGAGCUUCAAAAGCAGCAUUGAACCAUUUUGCUUCAACUUUAGCUAAUGAAGAAUCGUCUAUCAAAUGUGUAGCAAUCGCUCCGGGAGUCGUUGAUACGCAAAUGCAAGUAGACAUAAGGGGAAAAUAUGGGCCAGCAGGAAUGACAAAGGAUGCAUUGAAAAGGUUCACUGAUCUGUAUAAGAACAAUCAACUUCUGGACAGCUCUGUUCCAGCAAAGCUAUAUGCCAAUCUUGCUAGCAGGGGUAUUCCUGACAACUGUAAUGGACUUUAUCUCAGGUAUGAUGAUGAUAAAUUAAAAGAUUUUGCAGAUUGA